AUGAGCGCAUUCUCAGACGCCUCUGUGCCUUCGCCCGCCCUGCCCCUUACCCCCUCGGCCAGCAGGACCACUUCUCCCGUCCAUAUCCCCCACGCCCAGCCAGAGUACGACUACGCCACCCCCACACACAGCCCCCUCACGCCGCCGCCCUCCCUCCGGCUGUACUCGUCCGCUCUCAAGGCCAAGAUGGCUGCCGGUAUGACGGCCGCCAUGCGGGACCUCCGGGCCGACCGCGCUGCUUUCUCCGGCCACAAGCUGGACACUGAUUUUGCGUACGACGAGGACCCCAUUGAGCGCCAUGUCCGACUCUACCUCACCCCGCGCACCUCCGUCCGGCCCCAACGGCCUCAACGGCCGUCCCACGUACCCGCUGAAGGCAGCUCUUCACGGCCAUACUCGGCGCCGCCUGCAGUCAAGGCUGUGCCAAAGCAGCUGCAUGUAACGAUGGAUGGGGCCGAGGGGACGUCAUCGUACGAGAUCGUAACCAUCGAUGAAACACCGAGGGUCAAGCAGAACGGUUUCCGUCGUCCAUUUGCCGACGAUAGUGACGCCGAUACCGACGACGAAGAGCCACCCGAGAUGCUCGUACGCUCCCCUGCCCCCUUUUCCCCGUCAACAUCUGCGUCUGUCGACCAGUUCAUCCCAGGGCUGAUCAACUUCCACACAAACUCCUCCACUUCCAUCUCCUCUUCACACCUUCUACCGCCCCGUCCCGAUGCCUGGCGCACGGACUCGGGCGCAUCAACAGCGAGCGACGCGAGCUUUGAGGCGAUCAAGGCUGAGGAUAUGGUCAGCCUCUACGGCGGCGGAGUCAAGCGCGAGGGUUCGUUCGAAGAGGAUGCUCUCUCGGACGAGGAAGAAGGUGUGCUGGGAUGGGCCGACAGGGCGUCAAUGGUAUCCACCUCCACGCGCGAUACCGUCCGUCCCAACAAGACACCCAAACUCACUCCCACAUCCACCAUUCACCCGCUCUCUCCAAACCCCUCGGCGCUCCAUGCGCUCCUCCCAUCCCCACACCUGUCUACACCACCACUUCUUGCGCCCUUCCUCGAACCCUCAUCGUGCCGCAGGCCGGCACACUUGAGCGAAGGGCGGACGACAGCAAGUGACGAUGGUCGCGGACCGAGAGCAGACGAGAGCAGCUCAGCAGGGCUGGGGCUAGACGGGGUCCAGCCGGCGUGGUUGAAGGAGCGGACACUGAGUGAGAAGAUGGUGCUUGAUGCGGGGCUCAGGACGCAGAGGCAGAGAGCGGGUGUGCGAAGAAGAGUCGGGGCGAGUGAAUGA